AUGGGGAUCCAUGAGAAUUGCAAGAGCGUGGAUCGGAGUUGGAAUGAUCCACCAUGGGAGUCCAUGAUAACAACUCUCUUAAUGAUGCCAUUGCAAGAGAGAGUUCAGAGAAACAACACAGUUAGGACAGCAACAGAGAAGAUGUCGGAUUGGGGACCGGUGUUUGUGGCAGUGGUGCUAUUUAUACUUUUAACACCAGGUUUGCUGAUUCAGGUGCCGGGCCGUCAUCGAUUUAUUGAGUUUGGCAACUUCCAGACCAGUGGAGUUUCCAUACUGGUUCACUCCAUCCUCUACUUUGCUCUCAUUUGCAUCUUCUUGCUGGCUGUUGGUGUCCACAUGUACAUGGGUUCAUAG